GGCAUUUUUUGUCGAGGCCCAAGGACGUACGGGUCUAAUUUUGACAAUCCUCAGUUGACACCGCGUUAGAGUGGAUAGGAACAGUCAAGAGACACAAUUCGUAAUACCUGCUAAUAGGCACUGCGCGUCGACUGGCUGUCCUGACGGCGCGGUUGGAACCGAAGCCGCGAGAGGUCUCGAGUCUUCGGAGCUGGCGGCUGCGGCGGCCCCAAUUGUUUAUGGUGUCGUGCGCUUGGUCGGCGGCCGUGUCAGUGUUGCAAGAUGGCUGUCUGAGUGCGGACGGGAGACGAUGCGCGCUAGUCUGCAGCACAAGUCCGUGUCAGUGCAGCUGCUGGCGUGAUCGGACGGGACGGCUGGACAGUCGCGGAUCUUGCGAGUGCCUUGUGGCCCGAGGAGGGCGGCCGGCGGCGGCCCCGCGUGCAAGAUGCGCGAGUUUAAAGUGGUGGUGCUCGGCUCGGGCGGGGUUGGCAAGAGCGCCCUGACCGUGCAGUUUGUCUCGGGCUGCUUCAUGGAGAAGUACGACCCGACCAUCGAGGACUUCUACCGCAAGGAGAUCGAGGUGGACAGCUCGCCGUGCGUGCUCGAGAUCCUGGACACGGCGGGCACCGAGCAGUUCGCCAGCAUGCGCGACCUCUACAUCAAGAACGGCCAAGGCUUCGUGGUCGUGUACAGUCUGACCAACCACCAGACCUUCCAGGACAUCAAGCCCAUGAAGGAGCUGAUCACCAGGGUGAAGAACUCGGAGCGCGUGCCCAUCCUGCUGGUCGGCAACAAGCUCGACCUCGAGCACCAGCGCGAGGUGUCCACCAUCGAGGGCAUGGCCCUGGCGCAGAACUGGGGCUGUCCCUUCCUCGAAGCCAGUGCCAGACUGCGGACCAACGUGAACGAGGUGUUCGCCGAGGUCGUCCGCGAGAUGAACUAUAACCCCGAGAAAGAGAAGAAGUCGUACUGCUGCUGCACAGUGCUCUAGACGGCCGGACGGACGGCCGUGGACGGACGGAAUACGUGUCUGUGCACUCCAUGUGAUAUUUUUGCGACUAAUUAGUGCAGGCCUGUGACAGAGGACCGCCCGUGCGUGCGUGCGUGAAUGUUCCUUUCUACCAAUCUUUCUUUCUUCCUUUAUUUCCGUCAAUUCCCUCGAUUCCCUCAUUUCUCUAUAUCUCUCGCGGUGAGUCGCCCACGGAUUUCACUUUCUAAAGCCGCGACCUUAUGUACUGGCUGGCUGACGUCACGCCAAAUAACCCCGGGCCUUUUUCACUCGAUCCUUGUCGUCGGCACCUGCGGCCACCCUGAGCCCCGAGCCCAAGGGUCGCUCCUCUCCGGCCUAUUGUGGUCUCUGCGGGCGCGAGAAACAGUCAGUUCCCCUUUUAUCUUAUCGGCCAGACCGCAAGCAGGCACAAACAGAAAGUCGAACGGACUGAUAAUUUGUAUGAAUAACUCGAGCCCCCGGAAAAUAAUUGUAUACUGCGCAGUUGUGUGUCGGAAUCGGAUUUAGCGAAAGCAGAGAGCUCUAAAUUUUUGGAAAAUUUGUAAAUGGAGAGGAGAUGCGUGUGUGACUGUGUCCCCUGUUCGAUUCCACUGCUUGAGUAGUAAUGUACUGUUGUAAUCGCGAAUUAAGUGAAAAAAAAGAGCAGAAACGAAUUUUAUAUAUCACAACACACACACACACACACACAUACAUUCACGAAAAACACAGACACACACACACACACAAUAACUAGAAGUGCUAAACGAUCAUGUAUUUUGCCAUGUUGUAAUGGUUAAUGAAUUCAUUAAUUAUUAUUAUUAUAUCCGUGUAUAGAGUCAAAAAAGAAAGAAACCACCAGCCAAGUGAGUGAAUAUAUAUUUAUUGCUGUUCAUUUUCUCAGUAAAUGUCGGUUUGUGAUGUCAGACAAGCAAAUUCUUCUGUAUUUUGCGCUCAUUUAAUAUUCUCGGCUCUUGAUGAAAUGCAUAUCAAGCGAAAAAUUCUCUAUACUCGCUGUGUAGUUUUCGGAAGCGCGGAAAUUCGGCGCCCUUUCAAUUGGACUUUAUCGAAAUUCUAUCAUUUUUGGCAUAAAAAGAGCAGUGCGAGUAUGUUUUCAUGUAUAGUUUUUAAUGUACAGAUGAUGAAAAUGAUGAAUAUGUUUUAAUACAUGGUUUAUAAAAAAUAA